CAUUCACAAAUCACGAACCCAUAACAGCUAGCGACGAUGGCCGCUGUCCGUCGUCGUCGUCCUGCCUGCAGCUCCCUGCUCUUCAUCGCCAUGGCCAUACUCGCCGUGGCACAGGCCGGCGCCGGAGGAGAGCCCGACCCGGACCCCGAGCGCGGCGGCGUCGGGGACGGGGGGAACCCCGCGGACUGCCCGGUGGAGUGCGCGACGAAGCUGACCAGCUACAUCAUGGAGACCGUGAAGUGCUUCUUCGCGUGCGCGGGAGGAGGAGGCGGCGGCGGCGGCGGGGAGCUGAGUGCCGCUCAGGAGAAGCACGCGGCGGCGGCCGUCAUGCGUGGGAUGUGUCGUCGUCAGCAAGGGCUGCUGGGGACGUGAGCCCGUACGUGACUCGUACGCUCGUCACCGUCACGGAGCACCAAGAGUAUACAUGCAUAUAUAUAGUACGCGUAUAUAGAAAUAUACAACAAUGGAACUCGAUGUAUCCAACUUAUUACUUCCAAGUGUAUGAACUAAUGUACUAUAACUACAGUACACGUCGUACAUGUGGCUAC